CGACUUUACGGAGUUUCCAUUAUUUUGUUAAGUUAUUGCAUUCUUUUAGACUCUUUGGAUAUGCUUCUUUGUUCUUGUCGAUAUUUUGGAUUUAUCGAAUUCUAUUGUUGGAAAUCUGUGGAUAUUAGUUUAUUGUUGACUUCCAAGGAUGAGAUAACAGCCGUCAAUACGGAUUUGUCAUUUUCUUAGCGGACGAUUUGUGUUGACGAUUUCAAUGCUGGGGCAGACGACAUUUUAAGGCGGGAUAUUGUUGAUGUUUAUGAGUAAUGUUAAUAAGGGAUUAUUGCGCGUUCCUUAAAGUGCAAAGGACUAGAUAAAGUGUACAUCAAGGAGCGUACACACGGAGAAGGAGAGUUGUGAUUGGAGGGGUGCAUAGAAAACAGGGACCAACCUGUUCUCUGAGUUUGCGAUGAAGUUCGAAAGGAGUUCAGAAAUCUGUAAUCUACUUCGGAUUUUCCUGAUUAUAACUGUGAUAGCAAAUGGACAAUCAAAUCCCAACGACGACAACCCACAGGGGCCCAUCUUCAUCUCUGAGCCGCCCAGUCAGAUAGCCUUCGCCAACACCAAGGGUGCAUUGAUCCCUUGCACUGCCUAUGGCCGCCCGGCACCUGUUCUUGACUGGAUCCGGGCAGAUGGGGGCCCAGUUGACGACAUCGCCGGAAUCCUCCGAAUCCUGCCCAAUAACUCACUGCAUUUCCUUCCCUUCGAAGACACCGAGCUUAGAUCCAACAUUCACACUGCAAGUUAUCGCUGCGUGGCAAGGAAUACAGUCGGACAGAUUGUCAGUCGAAAAGUCACGGUUAAAGGGGUUCUAAUCCGUCAGUACAUAGCCUACAGUGUCAGAGUGAACGACGUUUACAUCACAAUGGGAAACACGGCAGUCUUCAAAUGCAACAUCGACCCAUACUUCGUCAGAGAUUACAUCACCGUCACUGCUUGGACGAGGGGCGCCGCCAGGGUUGAAACAGGAGACCGUUUCAGUAUCAUGAAAACGGGCGAACUGCACAUGCGAAAUGUCAGGAACGAGGAUAGCUACCUGAAUUACCGUUGUGUGACCAAGAACAUCCUGACUGGGGCGGAGAAGGGUAGUGACCCAGCCGCUCUGUUCGUCAUCGACCCUGUCAACUCGUCGCCUGUCAUAGAUGAUGCACUUACACACCUUCAAGUGAAGGAGAGCGAGACGAUCGAACUGCCAUGCGCCGCCACCGGAUAUCCGCUCCCAUCAUACAGCUGGACAAAAGAUGACGUCCCGAUCAUCCUGGAUCACAAACGCGUGAGGCAGUUGGGCGGGAACCUUGUCAUCCAGAACGCAGGGGUGGGCGAUACCGCAAGAUAUGUGUGCACAGCCAGUAAUACUCUAGGGAAGCGGACUGCCAUUACGCAACUAAUUGUUACAGCUCCUCUGUCAGUUCACGUGGGCCAAAACCAACAAAUCGUUGAUGUCGGCAACACUGCAACAUUUAACUGUACCAUAUUUGGACAUCCGAGGAAAUCCAUCAACUGGCUGAGGAAUUCAAAACCCCUAAAGCUGGUCAAAGGUCGUGUUGUCCUGACAACGCCCACAACACUGGUGAUUUCUGAUGUUCAGCGCCACGAUCGGGGAAUGUACCAAUGUCUGGUGUCUAAUGAUAAGGAUAACGCCCAGGGCACUGCUCAGCUGUCUUUAGGGGAUGGUUCCCAUUGGAAUGCUGCACAACCCGUCGUCCACACAGACGUCUCCUUUAAAGACGAAUACGUUCAACCUGGGUCAACGGUCAGUUUACGCUGCGUCACUUCCGGUAACCCACUCCCGGCAGUCUCCUGGGAGCUGGAUGACGGGGAGGUGCCCACUUUCCCAAGGUUCAAGGUCGGACAAUUCCUGACCCCAGAUGGAGACGUGUUCAGUUAUGUGAAUAUCACCAACGUGAGGAUAGAAGACGGAGGACAGUAUCGGUGCCAGUCCCGGAAUAAAGAGGGCACUGCCGAGCAUAUCGGAAAGCUUUUUGUCUACGGUAUCCCCUACAUCCGGCCCAUGAACAAUGUGACUGCUGUCGCUAAUGAAGAACUUGUCAUCCAGUGUCAUGUGUCAGGAUUCCCUGUUGCAUCAAUCACUUGGUCCAGGGCGGGCUCCAAUCUUCCCAUCAACCAUCGGCAGCACGUCAGUGACGAAGGCACGCUCACGAUACAAAAUAUCCAGCGAAAUUACGAUGAAGGUUUCUAUACCUGCACUGUCAAGAACAAUGGAGGUCAGGGGUCAAGUCGGAAGGUCUUUAUCAGUGUCAUGGAACCUCCAAGUAUCGAUCCUUUCCGCUUCCCAAAACGUAAACAAGGUGAACGCGUCCGUGUGUCAUGUUACGUCAGUCGAGGCGAUGCACCAAUGACGAUAACAUGGGUUAAAGAUGGCGAAGAGAUUCCACCAGAUCUUGGCGUCCUUAUUCAGAACCAAGACCCAUACACCAGCACUCUCUCCAUCGGUGACUCCAACCCACACCACGAUGGCAACUACACGUGUAUUGCUAGUAACCAGGCAGCAUCAGUCAACUUUACAUCCGAAUUUCAUGUUGAUGUUCCACCGCGCUGGGUCGUUGAACCGGAGGAUUCCUUCGUUGUACUGAAGACGGAUGUCAUCAUCGACUGCCAGACGACAGGAACACCCGAGCCUACCGUCCAAUGGAAAAAGGCCAAAGCCUUGUUUGGAGAAACUAGUCCUGCCACCUACCCUAAAGGUGGCAAACUAAACAGAGAAGACCCAAGCAACUACCAGCUGAUUGGUCAAGAGGCAGGGGGCAGAGUUCAACAACUGGCCAAUGGAUCACUACUGAUAACGGAUGCCUUAGCAACAGACCAUGGUUACUACCUGUGCCACUCCAGUAAUCAGAUCGGUGCGGGACUCAGUAAAGUUGUCUUUCUGACUGUGCACAUUCCUGCUCGAUUUGACGACCCGGAAAAGAACUACACGGUCCUGAUGGGGCGAAACAUCACCAUGGACUGUGAGGCUGUUGGCGACUCCCCGAUCUCAGUCGCGUGGAGUUUCAAUGGUGACUCCCUCCACUGGCAGUACAAUGACCGCCUCACAGUCACACAUCUCAUAACCAGCCGCGGCAAAUCCAAAACCUCCUACUUGAAGGUGGCGCCAUCUUUACGUGAAGAUACUGGUUUCUAUGUUUGUACGACACAGAAUAAGUUUGGCCACGACUCGAUCAUGAUACGUCUGACGGUCCUGGAGAAACCAGAGGCCCCCUCUGGUAUCGAUGUGGAGAAGGUUGACAGUCGUAGCGCCCUCUUAAUGUGGAAAGCACCGUUUGACGGAAACUCGGAGAUUACGAACUAUGUCAUCCAGUACAAGAACUCGUCAGGAACCUGGGAUCCUCCGCAAGGGAAUGUCUCCGUCAGUGGGAAAUUAUCACGGUCAACGUUAGAUGGGCUGCAUCCUUCCUUUACCUACCAUGUCCGCGUCAUCGCCAAUAACUCUGUCGGCCUCGGAACACCGAGUAACGUCAUCGUCUUGACGACGACAGAAGAAGCACCUAACGGACCUCCAACGGCUGUCCAUGUUGAAUCCACGGGAUCACAGUCCCUGAAAGUGCUAUGGGAACCCCCAGAGAAGGAUAAACAGAAUGGUCUCAUCAAGGGCUACUACGUGGGUUAUAAACAGUUUAACAGCACGCAGCCAUUCAUGUAUCUCACGAAGAUGGUCGAUGUGAACUUCAAGGGUGAACAGGAUAUCAAUAACUUAGAGAAAUUCACAAAGUAUGAGGUGCAUGUGCAGGCGUUCAAUCGGAAGGGGGCCGGGCCAAGAUCAGAGACUGUGGGAGUACUCACUCUGGAAGAUGUCCCAAGUCAGCCACCCCAAGGAGUGUACGCCACGGCGCUGAGCUCGCAAAGCAUCAUGGUCCUCUGGUCACCUCCGCCCCUAUAUACCCUCCACGGUGUCCUACAAGGCUACAAGAUACUCUACAAGAUCGUGAGGGAAGACGAAGAUGAAAGUGAUGCCCAGUUCGUGACCUCUAAAGAGCUCAAGGUCGUUAUCCAAGGACUUGAGAAAUACACCAACUACAGCGUACAAGUCUUGGCUUACACUCGUACCGGGGAGGGCGUCCGCAGCCGACCGAUUCACGUACGGACCCAACAGGAUGUACCUCAUAGGCCCGCCGACAUCAAGGCAUUACCGGUCGGGGCUGAUCAGAUCCUGGUCUCAUGGAAACCACCGCUACACCCGAACGGGAUGAUCACCAAGUAUAUUGUUUACAUCAAACAUCAUGAGAAGGAAAGGCUCGUGGAAGAGAAGUACGACGCUUCCCCCCCAGCUCUGAGUCACAUGGCCCUAGGCCUCCUCAAAAACUACCAGUACAGUUUCUCCGUGUCUGCGAUGACUGUCCGUGGAGAGGGUGAACGGACCCGUGAAGUCACACAGACACCGGUGAAAGAGGUCGCUGCUCGAGUGGCGAGUUUCUCCAGUAUAUCCAUGUCGCCAUGGAAACAUGACGUGCUGUUACCGUGCCAAGCUGUUGGGGAGCCUCGGCCGACGAUUGAGUGGAAGAAGAGGGGCCAGCCGCUACGUACCAACGAACGCAUCCGUAUCCAUCCGAAUGGUUCACUCGAAAUAAGUAACGUCCAGAGUUCUGAUGCUGCAAACUACACGUGUCGGGCCUCCAAUGUUUACGGAGCAGACGAGAUUACAAUAUCAUUGGUCGUUCAAGUCAAUCGUGAUAGGACCACUCCACCAAAAGCACCGACACCAACUGUUGCCGCGGUAACGUCAUCAUCAAUACAGAUCAACUGGCGAUCGGGAAGUAACGGAGGUAGUGCUACACAAGGCUUCAUCUUCUUCUACAAGAAGGCAUUCCAGGACUGGAAAUACGUCAAACUCAAGCCGCAGGUGCGCUCUUACACGGUCAAUGAACUGUAUUGUGGGACACUCUAUAAAUUCCAAGUGCAAGCAUUCAACAGAGCAGGGCUCGGUGAAAUGAGUAGGAUUGUGGCUGCAAAGACCAACGGUUCCACUCCGAUCAUGCCAGCGCAGAGCCUCCUCAUCAAACAGCUUAACUCAACAUUCCUCGUCCUUGACCUCAAGAAAUGGCAAGAUGGCGGCUGCCCGAUCACAUCGUAUUCCAUCCGAUAUUGUGUGUGGGGCGACACCACGUGGAGGACUGUCUCAAAUCAUAUAGAUCCCGCAGUGCCAGAAAAGCAGAAACAGAAGAUCAAAGUGGACGAGGAGUUUAUGGUCCAAGACCUGCACCCUGCUACCUGGUACAUCAUGAAAGUGACAGCGUAUAACGACGCAGGCCUGACCGAGGCUGAGCUCAAGUUUGGGACGCUCACUUACACAGGCAGCACGAUUCGGCCAAUCUUCAUCGUUCACAAACAAGAGAUCCAGUUCUACGAGAAGGUUCACAUCAUGGUGCCGCUGUGUGGUGCGUUCGUCAUCAUCAUUGUCUUCAUCGUCGGAGUGGCGCUGUACUGCAAGCGACGACGAGACCGACUCAAGUACAAAGUUGUGAAACCAGACAAAGAUAAAGCGGUGACCUCCAACCUGCGUCGUGACCUCACAGCCGAGACGUCCCUGAUGAACGACCUUGACAAGCGCCUCAACUUUGAGUCGGACACAUCACGAGAGACGCCGUACACGCCAGAACCGCACCGUGAACACCGUAACGUCAACUUGUUAACGGAAUCGGACGACACGGGUGAGGACCACCGCGUCUGGACAUAUCAGAAUAAUUCAAAUACGAAUAGUGAAAAUAGUUUCAAUUCUGUGUCGGGGUCAGUUGAUUCCGAUGGCAACAUCAACCCAUAUGCGACGUUCCAAUACCCCCGUGAAGAAAGCCUCGACUCCUUCCAACCACAGGUCUACACAGCGCCCCCUGAUGACGACGAUGACAUUGAAUUGGAGAAGGAACGAGCGCAGCGCGAGGCUGGGUUGAAAGGGGCGGGUGCUGAGCCCGUACCAGACCCGAAACAGAGCCCACCAACAAAAGAUAAACCGCUACAUCGAUAUCAGAAUGUCCCUGGCUGUGAUACGGAUCGAGAGCCCCUUGUCCUAAGCCCACGGAAAUACGCAAGCGCAGAUCAAAUCCAUGUCCUCUUCCCGACGGGCCCACCCAAACCCCCACCGAUCCCGGCCGGGUUCCACACUUCUAAACCCAAAUCUUUACACAGUAGCUCCGAUGAAAAAGGGAGCCAGCGUCACAGUGCCAUCUCUAGCAUCACCACAGUCUCAUCCAAUCAGGAAGAGCUGAUGACAGCCUAUGAGAAUGCAAGACGUAACCAGCUGGCGUCAGCAGAAUUCAUGGCGCAGAAAGAGUCGCCGCAGCCGACAGACAGCUCAGAGAGCACGGAACCAGGUAUAAGACUGUUUACACAGUCUCCCCCGAAACCUGAUGAAAAACGCCAAGCCGCGUGUGAAGUGCCUCUUUAUGAAAAGAGACGACCUACUAGUCAUGUGGACAUGUCGAGUGACACCACAGCAGAAGAACAAGGACCAGAGUCGAACAAAGAUACGAUAUAUGCCCACCGGCGCCCCCGGGCAAAACACAAAGGCAAACAUCGUGGUCAGGUCGUCGGGAAGAAGAUCAUACGAUCAGGGCGUAAUGGCCCAUCAUCUCGAUGUCACAGCCGCGCGAGUACGGGGAGUACAAAUUCUGAAGAAGUUACGUAUUCGUUUGACGAGCCUCAUUACGCGUGUCCUGGCUCACCUGCAGAGGGUGCUUACCUAUCGUACCGAGGACACGAGGAUUACCCGUAUGGGGAGUAUAACCCGUAUCAUCUGCGUCGGAAACGGCGGCAUGGUACACCGAUGCCGAGAUAUGACAUCGUGCCAGAUACACCGGGGACGGAUGAGACGAGGUCGUUAGUCUCGGCACUCGCACGACCUGUGUUAACGAGUCCACGAGAGGAGGAUGAAUCAGCUAGUCUAUUAGAAAGGCACUAUCGUACCAUAAAGGAGGAGGGUAAGCGUCGAGGGUCAGAGGACGGCAUCGAGGUGAAAAAGGAAACUCCAAAAUAUACAGACAAUUUUACUGUGGUAUAGUCUACAGACCAUAUCUGUGGGAGUGUCUACCGUGUCUGCAAACAGUCUCUGUGGUAGUCUGCAGACCAUAUCUGUGGUGUAGUCUACAGACCGUUUCUGUGGUAUAGUCUACAGACACCCUGCACCAUAAGGGUAGCAGUUGAUAUCGCAGCAUUUUGUAUUCUGUUCAAUAUUGUCGUAUGAUGUGACAUUUUUGACAAUUUGACUUCAAGUUCACUGUAUGGGUAGCGUGGUAGCUAGUGCAUUAUGGGAUGGCUGUGUUUGCUUGAGGUGCGGGAGAAUAUGCAGACACAUCAAAGAAACAUUCAGGAGCGACGGAAUGUGAUAUGGUGUCCUCUGGUGGUGUGGAAGGAAACUAGAAUACGUGUAUGUUGUGAUGCAAUCAAGUGGAUUCAUGAGGAGGAUUUGGACGUUUUAGCAUUCUGGGACGUUGGGCGAGAAAUUCGCAGAGGAUGGUGAUAACUACUUGUCGCUUAGAGUUCCAAAGCAAACAAUUGCAAGGUCAAGGUCACAUAGUAGUAGAGAGAAACUUGUUAUCGCCGUGUGUUUGAAAUCACCAGAGUCACAUGACCAAUGCAGCAUUCACUCGCGGCUUAUGUCAACACACCAAGAACCCGCGCAUGGCUACCACCCUGUGUGACGAUGCCAAACGAUAAUAGAUGUUGUGGGUUUCGAUCCUGUGAUAUGUAGAUUAGUUAUGAUGUCGUCGUCGUCAUGGCAACGUUCGGUUCCGUCGCGUUAAUGUGUUCCGCGCAGUCAUUUCGUUUUUAUUCAUCGUUAGCAUUUGUUAUGCAUAUCGGAUAUAAUCAUGUGGAGGGGAUGCAACACACUUCCAUAGUAACCAUCUUUGUAACCAUGUUUACAUGGUGUUCCAUAACAACCAUCCUAUAACCAUGAUGUGUCGUGGUUCCCAUAGUAACCAUCCUGGUUGCCAUGUGUCAAUGUUUACCUUAGCAACUAUGUGUAUCUAAACCGUGACACCAUGGCAACCCUAUAAAUGGCAGCGUUUGGAAUACCGGUGUAGUGAAUGAUCUGCUGAAAGCUAUACGACUUUGAUGCACGAUUUCAUGGACGGAGGAAACUGUAUUGUACUUGUACAAGAACAAAACUCUGCUUAAUGUGGCAUUUUGUGCAAUUCAUUGGUAAAUAUGUGAAGCAUUUGUUAUCUUACCACCAGCUGGGUUCAGACUUGUUCAGGCUGGUUUGUAGUGUUUGUGGGACCAGUGGGGUUCUUCCAGUCCACACCACCUGUUGGUCAACACUUGGUUGUCAGCAGAUGGCACGGGCGAUAUACUUCAUGAGUACGAAGGAUUGAAAACAGCAUUUAUAUCCAGACCACCAUUCUUUCCAUGAUAUUUUGUGGUGAAAUAAAUCCUUUGCUUUGAAAUAGGGGGCAUAUGUUGUGCUUAAAAGAGGGGUUAUAAUCUGCGGCCCAAAAGCCUUUGAUUUAGAGUUGGUAUAUUUACUCGUUUUCGUUAAAGUUUUCAAGAAGAAAUGCCAAGUCUGUUUCAACUUGAGUCUGACAGUUCAGUGCAACUGAUACAUGAAUGUGUUGAGCUCUGUGUCAUAGUUGAGUUGAAACAAGCUUCCCUGUGCAUUUCCAUGCAAGCUAAGACAAUGCAGUACAAUCGAUAACCAGCGUAUUCUGCGAGAGAGGUGGAAACUGUCAGCUGUGUCACAUGACCUCACCCAUGAGAAAUCCAAGUGAGUCCUGCUCAAACACAUUUACCAUAGCUACUAGUUUGGUUGCCUAGCAACAUGUUUGGUAACCUGGCAACCAGGGUGGUUGACAAGAUUUAACUGUUGCAUGCCAGAAGUUGUCAUGGCAACUAUAAACAGUUCAGAAUCCUUGAAUUUAUUGAGAUCCAAUCAUGCUAUAUAUUGAAAUACACCGUUGUCAGUCUAGUAGCGCUCUCUGGUGAAAUGUGUUGACAUGAUGUGCAUUGAUUAUCUGAGCAGGCAUUGAUGUGAAUUAGAUUGUGCGAAUGGAGGCAUGAAUGUUCUGAGUGACUUGUUUGUUCAUAUUGGUGCCAGCUGGCAGACAUUGUGGUUAAUACAUUAGGCUCCCAUAGCAACUGAUGUGGUCGCCAUGGUCACGUGGUUGCCAAGCAACUAAAUUUCCACUUCUUCAGCAGGAUAAUUGUCUGGUUUACUUGUUGUUCCGUGUAACUUGUCUCUUUAUGAUGUAAGACUUGCGUGUCGUAUUUAUCUAGUCUUGUGCAGUCAGUUCCAGAUAUCUUGAUAAAAAAACAAUGUUGUCGUCAUGGUAACAUGGUUGCCUAGCAACUACAGUGUUGCCUAGUGACUGUUUUGUGCUAGUUUAGGUUGGAACAAACUGUAAAUGUAGCAUGCAUUGUUAAUCAUUUAAGAGCUAUUGUCUAUUACAAAAGUCGUGGAAGUAAUUUUUGCAAUAUUUAUUAAUGUAUAGAUUAUUUAUCAUUCUAUAAGAAUUUUUUAUCAUAGAACAAUAGUUUACAUAAAGUGAAAUUUUGAGCUGAAGUUGUGAAAUUUUGAUUCAGAAAUACGAUAGUUUUUUGUUUACAAAUUAUUUCAAAUUUCAAAUUCAAACUCAAAGUUACAUUUCAAACUCGUGAUUUUAGAUUGAAAAUGGUUCAUGUAUUUUGUGAAGUCUGAGUGAGAAAAGCUUGGACCACAGAAUGCCCAUUUGACUUUUUGGACCAAUGUCACUUUUUCUGCAGUUUUUAUGGUCCGACCUUGACCCCAACUCCCACUGGUUAUUCAAUGCAGGCCUUUAUGACCUCUCUUUGAGAAUCAGCUGGUUGGGUUCGUACGAUUUGAUCAACUUUUAGGAUCUUAGUGAAUGACUACGCCGCCUUUUCCUCCAUUUUCCAAGUUUUUGAUUCCAUGGCUUUUGUUCUGAAGACAUUUCUCUAUGAUAUCUGGGUACAAAUCAGAAGAAAUUAGACUGCAUGCCUAGAAUAACCUGAUGAGAUCUGAGGCAACUUUCAGAAAUCGGGAGAAUUGGCCCUAUUCAAAAAGUCACAACAUCACAAGAAAGCUUACCUCAUAAAUGUAAGCUUUCGAAUGAGUACCCCAUGUAGAGUUGCAAAAGAUCCUUCUGAAAUUGUCCAUUUUUGCACCAAAAGUAUCCUCAGAUCUCAAAAGGUUAAAAAAAGAGACUAAUACUUCUUAGCUAUAGAAAUGUGUGUAUCCAUAGUUUGGACCUAAGGUACCCUGUCACCCCAAAUGGCAAAUCGUCCAUUCCAUCUGUAUGAUUAUGUUAUUGCAGUCAAACUGAUCCAUUAUGUAAUAGGGGUGUCAGGUACACUUAGCCACCGAGGUGUGCCUUGCUUUCACUGGAAUGCAUAUGUUGACAGUGGACCAAUUUUCUCUUGUGUGUUGUAAAAACAGUAAUUUUUUACCUAUAGUUUGAAUGGACCUGCCCAAAAUAAUGCAAUGGGUCAGUCCAGUAUUGUGUUUUAGGGAGGACAGUCUGUUCAUUUUGCGCGAUUUGACUGAAGCAUCCAACACAGAUGUUCUAGGCAAAUUGACGUAAAUAGAACGCUAUUUAUUUAAAUGAUUUUUUGUCUCAGUUUAAUCACUGCCAUUAAUUGUUGCAAACUGCAUUUAUUUAUCUCGUGUACAGUAUUUUAAUUUCAACAUGCUUCCUAUUUAUUGCAAUUCUAUAAUUCCGGUUUCAAUAGAUAAAAACAUGACAUUAGAUUAUGCAGCAUCAGUCCUGCAACUUAAAAAUUAUCAUUUGGUUAGUUACCAUAGCAACUGCCUACUUACCAAUGUGGUUGCCAAGCAAUGUGUGUGUCACAAAUCUGGUUGCCAAGCAAUGUCCAUAGUGACUUACCAUAGCAACCAAUAAUGUGCUAGCACCAACACUAAUAUAGCGCUAACUGCAAAAAAUCACUUUAUUUUAAGACUGAUGUUGCAUAAUUUCAAAACACACAACUGCAAUAUAACUUAUGUAACUUAUGCUAUUUAUUCGAAUAUCUAUUAUAAUCUCCUUGACUUUGAAGGUCAGAUUUCAAGGUCACAUGAUCAAUUCAAUCUCUUUUCUGGCCUUGUACCACAAUGUUCAGUGAAUAAUGUACCAAGACAUAUUGUGGUUCCAAAUCUGAACAAAAGGUGUCAUUAUUGUUAAAUCUUAAGUGUAUUUCAUUCAAAUUCUCCCCUUGCACAUGUUGUCAAUUUUACACUUGUAACCAUAGUAACCCUUUACAUUUCGCUGGCAGACACCUAAGUCCAUUCCCAUCAGUAAAUCUGAAAAAUACAUUCAGACAAAUAGUAUGCUGAAGUGUAUCAUCUGAAAUUUGUUUUGAAAACAUUUUAUGAAACUUUCAGAAAGUCCUUUUUAAAAUUUGAAUAGAACUUUUUUGAGGCCUCGUGAUUUGGGGUUACUUUGUUUACAAAUGAAUGUUUUACUAAUCUUGCUAAUUGUGAAGCGAUGUAAACAUUUCGUUGUGCUUAUAAAGUGAGCAGUCUCGUAUAAAUGGCAAAUUUCAAAAGGAGCAGCUUAAAAACCGGCCUGUAUUCAUAAUCUGAGUGGCGCUUGAUUCUGUGGAUUGAAAAUGGCCGCCACAUGUAGUGCUUGAUGACCUUGGUCUGCGUUGAAGCACUUUGUCAUGAGACAGUUGAGGGAGACGUAUCUCGGUCAUCAAAUUAUAACAGUGAUUACAGCGCUGACCUGCAUCGUGACCACAUGUGCUGCAUUCUGUUGGCUGAUUAUUAACAGUGGUCACUAGCAUUGGAUGCUGCCAUACACUAGUAUCACCAAGGUAAGGCCAGGUGGCCAAAGUCUGAUGAUAAGGACUGAUUGCGGCUGCGGGAUGUCUUUUGUUUUCCGCAGUUGCAGCCCGCAGAUGUCAUAUUGAGUGCUGCUCCGAUUAUGAAAUGGUUUUAGUCCAAAAAAGGAGAUCUAAUCCAAUAAAAGUUACGAUAUUAUUUUUUCGAUCGUUUAGGGAGGUUUGCACUACAUCUUAAACCAAUUUUGGAUCAUCAGUUUACCAGACCAUUAUGCAAAUUUUCUACCGGAUUUAUUGUUUAAAUGAUUUUGUAGGUUACUUUAUUCUUCCGAAAGGCAACAGCACUAGAGGGUGUGUCUAAAAUGUGACAGGAGAAAAUAGUCUCGACGGCAUGCCGACCAGUUGGGUUUGCUGCUAGAAAGAGUCAUCAGGUGUGGGAGUUCUCAUCAAACAAAAUUUCUGCAUCUUUGCGCAACGUUACAAGAUGAAUGUCCUCCAUUGCCAAAUCUAACGUUGCUCCACUCAGAAUGCCAUUUAGUAAUAUCAAAAUCUGACAAUAGCUUUUGGUUGUACAUUUCAAACAUGGCUCCAACCUUUGAAUGACGUUUUCUGCAUCUCGCCUCACCAGUUUCUUUCCUGCACGUUUUAGACGCGCUCUCGUCAACUGGUUGCCAUCUUUACUGCCACAGGUGAUGAUAUCGAGUGACUAUGUCCAUUUCACUCAUGAAGCAUCUUCUUCAUCAAACUUGCUGAAGUCACAGGUGCAAUCAGUAGAUACACAGAUUCAGCAAGCUUGAAGAUCAACACUUUUCUGCAGCAUCAUCGCCAUGGCAAUAAAGAUGGCAGCCAAUCAGUUAAACACUUCGAUUUUGGGUUCAUCGUAAAAGACGGAUUGAAAACUGGGAAAUUGGAAUGAAGAUAAGACCAUACGGCGUAAUGGUCAGUAUAAAUUCUGGAAUGGCUUGAAACUGGAACCAGGAUCUUGUAAAUAGUAGCGCAGAUUAACCCUUGAAGAGCUGAGGGCGUUUUAGAAACUUUAAAUUUUUAGAAAUUCUUCACUAUUUUUUUCUGUGGGUGACCAGGUCUGUCAAAUAAGGGUACCAUGGAAAGGCUACCUUGGGAGCUACGGAAUGAGUACUCGUCUAACGGGCUUUGAUGUAUUUUCAUUAUUUUUUUCUUGUUUUGGUAACUGUCAUCGCCCUCAGCUUCAAAGGGUUAAAUCAAGGUGUAUUUCUCUUUAAAUGUUUGUAUUGACAACAGUACAUUGUGUUGUUAUAUCACCUUAUUACAUGGAGCAUUUAAAGGGACAGUACACCUGUAUUAUUUACCAACAAUAUUAGUAUUGUGAUGGUCCAUGCUUGUGCUUUAUAGCCUGUUUCACCCAGAUGUUUCGGCAAUUGCUGUACAUUACAAUACAUUCAAUGUACAGUGGGUGUCGGUACAUUUAGCAUGAAACACUCUACAGUAAAUAUCUUGUAAAUAAUAAGCGUAGUUUGUACAGAAAUUUGUAAAUUUGAGAAAAGUAUUGUUGUCAUGGUAACAGAAUGACUCUACCAGACAGAUUUCCAAACUCCAGUCCUUGGCCUGGUGUGUCCAGUUGGAAUUAGCAGUGACUUUGGUGUAAAAGUCAGGAUGCACCUAUUGGAGAUGAAGUUUGAUGAAGAAGAUAUACGAGUGCUAGCAUUUGCCUCUAAUGCCGAUUGAACAACUAGACACUGGUUUGAAGAAGUCUCACUUUCAAAAUGGGGCUAUGCUUAGUUCAAGUUCAAGCUGCCAGGUGGCAGAGGCAGUCAACCUGUCUCAUCAUUAGCUUCGUUCAGAAAGCACAACAGUUUGGAGAUAACUGCUGCCAGUGAUUCCAUUCUCACCAGAAGUUUUUUAAUCUGUCUCGUUAUAAAGGGUCGCUUUCUGAGGAGUACAGUGGCCAUGUUGUUUGCAUGACAUCAUAUUAUUAAUGGCAUCCAGUCACGUCGUGUUGUAGUGAAGUGUUCGGCCAAAGGUAAAUCUGUUUGUCAGAGUUUUCAAGUGACGUGGCUUUUAAUCAGUAUAUCUACAAUUACACGUUAGGUUUUCUGGAAUGGGAAGGUAUUUGAUGUCCUAGAGCGCUUGAUUGUGGGAGAACUUGUCAUUCACUGAUGAGUCUAAGUAUCUAAGGUUGAUGUGACAUGGCUGAUUGUACUCAUGGGUGCAAAGAAUGGGGAGUAAAGUGUCUUGCUCAAGAACAAGCAGAUUCAACAGUGGUAGUCCUACCAUAAGUUGGACUAACCCAUGUCGUCCUGACCACUGACUGUGUGUCGGAGACGUUGUGAGUUUCUAAUAUCAAUCUUUUUAUGGUCACCAGUCAUCUAUUAUUGUUUUCCAGUUAACCUAAAGUGAAAUUAUUAUUAUCUUUGCAACACAUGAUAUCCAUGAUUAUGAAUUACCAAGCAUGAAUAUUAAUUAGGAGUCAUGAAUAUUAAUUAGGGGAUCAUGAAUAUUAAUGAGUCGUCUGUGUUUGUAUAUAUGGUAUUUCAAUGUGCAUUUCUUCUGCAUUUCUAGUGUAAAUUCAUGAUUCCUGUGACGUAUGGGUAAAAGACGUGUUUUGGCGAUUUCGCUUUCUUGAUUUUGAUGUAUUGAUAUGAACAACAUCAUUUUAAAAGUGCAUGGUAAUAUUUCCGACAUGUACUUGAAAGGAUGUGGUGGCAUCCUCACUUGCUACUGGCGAUGGAUGUAGAUCUUCUUCAAAUACCACCCAUCACCUCUCGAAAUCACAAAAAUGAAAUCGUCCGACUCGUCCAAUGUGCUAUUCCAUGAUAGUGUGCUGGUGCGCGCCAUGGUCCGUGUCCCUCAAUGGCGUUACCGAUGUGAGAUUCUUUGUAAUAUACCGUUUCUCUUUGUGUCCGUGCAAUAUGUUCCAUAAGCUGUUAUCAUUACAUUGGGCGGAAUAUCAGCUAAUUAACUUUCUCUCGCACCGAAUCCUAACACUGAGAAGUUGAUUUUCUCAGAAUGUAUUAUGUCAAUAGUGAAACAGUCGAUUGUGACUGAAAGUAUUCCAGUAAAUGGUCAUGUCAGUAGAUUGGUGAUUACCUGUGUGUAAUGCCUUUGACUGUCUGUCAUUUAUCAACUGAUAUAUUACCAUCAAUAUUGAGAAAAGGUGAGACAAGUUUCUUUGCUGAAAUUUCGCUCAUUUUUUGCAACUGUAUUGAUCCUUUCAUAUUUGAACAUCCAUUUAAAAUAUCGCCUCGUUUUGAAAGAUUUCAAGGUCAACACUGCGUGAAAACGUCUUGGAAAUUCCUUUGGUUUGACUUGAUUUCUACCUGUGAACACUCAUGCACACAGCUGCUGCUUCCACUUGGUGCCAACUAUGGCUCUACCGUUCAUCCAUAAAGACAUGAUUUGCAUACUGAACAGGAGAUUUGGAUAUGAAAGGGUGAAUUCAGAAAGCGUUUUAUUUCAAUGUCAAGUCACCGCUAUAGAUAGUUGUCUUUUUUUCGAAAAGACGCGUAACGACCUUCGUGUCACCAUAACGACCGUCGUCUCGCCAUGUGUGUGUGUACAGAAUAUAUACAACUAUACCACCCAACCUCAAACAGAACAUCGACGGAGGACAACGAUGGCUCGUCGACUAAUGUAUGAUAGAUUAUUAUAAUCAAAUACGCCCCUCUCAGUAGUGAGGUCAGUUGAUGUAAGAGCCAUGGCUAUUACAAUCUGCGUCUACACUCCCACCUCUGUUCUUGUUGCGUUGCCUGUUCAGUGGCAGUGUUGCUUCAGUGUUUGUGCGUAGCCAUGGAAACCAAUUCAGUCAGGUGACCAAGACAUUGCUCUUUUCCUUCUAGGAUAUGUAGACAGGUUGUCAUUGCACCUUUCUUGUGACACCCUGUAGCCAUGUCGGAUGUCAAACCGCAUGCUUACUUACUUGGAAACAUACAGUGUUUCAAACUGUCGUAUUUUAGAAAGUACAUGUAAUUCCAGCCUUAAAAUUCAAAUGGAGACUUCUUGUGUCUGUGUGUGUGAAUGAAUGGGUCUCCUACGCUUGGUUACAAUGAGUGGUUAACCUGUUUGAUGUAACCAUGAGACAGGGUGUUGCCAUGGUAAAUCAUUGUAUCAAUUGUUUGAGAUUUAGUUUGAUUGUGAGUAUGGCAUAUAGUCAACCUUGUACCUAUUGCCAGUGUGAUGUGUGUCUCUAUUACACAAGCCUUGUCCCCAGAAAUCGGACGCAACGUAGACACACAUUAAGACGCAAAGGUGGGGACAUUGCUGAUUACUGGGGACCAGGUUAUCUACCAUGGUUUCAGCAUCAAAUGUCCCUGAAACGUCUGUCUUCGUACAAUGAUGGUGUUGGUGUCAAUGUAACACCUGGUCAGGUCCGCUGUCCGACAGAAAUGAUAUCUUUAUCUGGGCUCGACUUGGAAUGGGAAUCUCUGAACCAACUAUGAGUUCCCUCUGAGCCUGUGUUGGGUCUUGAACUUGACGGCAUUGUUCUUGUGACACCUAAUGACACAUCCAUCUGGGUUUGAAACGUCACCAUUGUUCGAAGACGGCCGCCAUUCUGGUUCCUUCCUCUCACUUGUACAUUGCUAGUAAAUACAUAGAUGUAAGUGCGAGACUAUGUAGUCUUGCAUGUUUUGAUAAAUUAUAGAACAAUGAUGUCAUGUUAUUUCUUUAAAUAAAACAAAGAAAAUUAAAUGUAA